CACAGCCCACAUCCCUUAAUAUUUCCCCAUCAAAAACCACAAACUAAUGUCACCCAACACCCCCACAAAAUCCCUGAUUCAUCCCCCAUGAAAGGACUCCAUAUUUGAUUAUUAUUGUCAAAGAUUUGUUAAGGAAAGAACUUGGUAGUUUCCCCUUUCUUGCUUGCUUAUUUAUAUCGGCCAUUGGCCAUUGUUGUAACUCACCUUUGAAUCUGAAAUUUCCAUUAGGAAUACACUUAUGUGUUUGCUAUUUUAAAUCCCUAAUUCUAUAUCUUAAGGGUGGUUACCUUGAGUGCCCCCAAAAACCAACCCCAAUUCGGCCAAACUAUACCCCAAAAUACCCUGCACUUCUCCUUCCUUAAAACCAUGUCAAACCACUCCCAAAACAUGUCUCGUGGAGAUUUAGUUGCUGAACAGAAUAAACUCAAGAAGGAGCUUGAUGCUUUGAUGAAAACGAUUGGAGAGUUCACAAAUUCAGUGGACAUUCCGACCUUUGAAGGAAGAAACGAUCCGGAGAAGUUCCUACAGUGGCUCAAGAAGGUUGAACAUAUCCUAAUCCUCAAGGAUAUGCCCGAAGGCAAAAUGGUCAAGCUUGUAGCAUCCCGGUUCCAACAAAACGCUUCCACUUGGUGGACACAUAUUUCCACUAAGAGAAAGUUCGAAGGAAAGCCCAAAGUGGCAAUUCGAGAAAGAGCAAAACUUCUUGAAUCAGUCGGAAAGGAAAAAGAGUUUGAAAGGAGAUUAUGCGAAGGAUCAGACUUGAUGCAGAAAAUGCUGGACGACUUUCAAAGAGAGAGACUAGAAGCUGAGGAGGCUAAAGAUGAGAAAUUAGUUAAUGAUCCAUGUAAGGCUAUUGAGCUUAAACACUCCCUCCAACCUCAAGAUCCACAAUUGGAGGAAGUUAGUGCUCAAAAAGAGGCUCUAGAACCUAAGACCAACACUGAACCAUUCAACCAUCAGGUUCCAGUUCUUGAAGAUUCACCCAGUUCAACACCAUCACAGAAACCCGAGAGCACAACAACUCUCGCUAGGGCUACUGUGGUGAUGUUACCUAAAUCCCUUCCUAGCCAAGUCCAAGCCAACAUAGUCGUACAUGAGGUGGAACCAACCAAGGGACCUGACUCAGAACCACCUAUACUUAUUCAAGAAGAAAAGGAGGAGGAAGUUUUGCCUAUGGAAUCUACAGACAAGGAAAUACUUUACAUAGAAAAGCCAACUCCGUUUAUAGAAACCUGUCUACAUAAUGCUUCCUCUGAAGAUUCAGACCAAACCUUCUUUGACUCCCUACUUGACGGGUGCGACUAUGUCUGCCCGAAGGAUGGUUGGAGCUUAAGGAGUUGGGAUGAACUUUUGGUGAGUGACAAAGAGGACUCUUCCAUGGGAGAAAGCAUGGUCGUAAUCAUUGAGCCACAAAUAGAUAGUCAGCCUGUUGAAGACAAGGAAGAAUUCAAUCUUGCUAUGAAGGCCAAUGAUGUGGAUCAACUGAGGAGACUUCCGCCACCACCCACCUAUCUAGAGUCUCCUCCUUUUAUCCUGUUGCCACCAAGCCGCAGGGAUGAAUGGGAGAACCGUAAGGAAUACCUUAUAGAGGAAGCAAAGAAGAGGGACACCCCUGGCUUAGUCUCACUUUACAGGAUCACCCCUGCACUCUGGUUGUCAUACCGAAACGGUAAUGAGCCGGGAACAAGUGGACUAGCAAAACUGUUUAAGAAGCUUUGUCCCAAACUUAAAGCUUAUUCCCGGAGUUCGGGUAUAACAUUUGGUAUCAAACCCCAUUGUUCCACAUCCCCAAGGACAAAAAAACACUUCCCUCAACCUUACCCAUUUCCUUUCCUACCACCCAUUGACGCCAAAUCAACCAUGUCGAAUGAAUCUCAACCCAUGUCCCAUGAGGAGCUUGUUGCAUCCAACGCCGCCUUAAAGGCCCAAGUAGAGUACUUGGCCAAGGAGGUAGCUAAGCUCACCAAGAUAAAGCUCAAUGCCCUUCAAGGUAGUGAUCAUGAGGAUGAUGCAAGCACCAGCAGCACCAACAAGGCCAAAACUAAUGACGGGUCUGACUUCAAAGUUGAUGUCCCAACUUUUGAGGGAAAGAACGACCCAGACGAGUUUCUAGAAUGGCUAGACACGGUGGAGCGUGUUUUCGAUUUCAAAGAAGUCUCCGACGAGAAGAAGGUCAAGAUAGUGGCCUUGAAGUUCCACAAGUAUGCAUCUACUUGGUGGACUAACACGUGCACCAAAAGGAGAAGAAACCACAAGGAGCCAGUGGCUACAUGGGCCAAAAUGAAGUCUCUCUUAAAGAAGAAGUUCUUGCCCGCUGAAUAUGUUCGUGAGAAUUUUGCCAAGCUUCAAACGCUUAAGCAAGAUUCUAAAUCGGUUGAAGAAUACACCCGUGAGUUCGAGGAACUCUUGCUAAGGUGUGACUUGCAAGAAGAUGAUGAGCAAACCUUUGUACGAUACCUAUUCGUCUUAAACCUACAAAUAGCCAAUACGGUAGAGCUACAAAGCUAUGAGUCCCAAGAAGAGAUUACCAAAUUAGCCCUUAAGGUUGAAGCACAAAUAAAGAAAUCCAAAGCCCUUCUCUCCAGAG